AUGGACACUAGAUAGUCAGAGCACUCUAGAGGCAAGUCUUAGACUUAAAUCAAAAUGCGUAACCCAUUCGAACUUCUUAUAAAAAUAAUCAGAUUACCAAAUGUUUGCAAUAAAUGUGGACAUAUUACUAGAAUGAAAGAAAUAUCAGAUAUUCUCGAAUAAUUUGACACAAUGACAUCUUAAUAAAUUGAUACUAUUAAUGAAAAACUAAUUCAAAAAUCGAACUAAAUUUUAGCUGCGCGUCAACAAUUAGUUAAAGACACAAAAAAUGAGCUCUAAUAAUCAUUGCAAUAACUAAUUUAAGUGAGAUAGAGUAUGGGCUCAUCUUUUAAUUUUGAAGACAAAGAAAAGUGUUUAGAGCGUGUUUGUGAGGUAAUAAUCAAUAAUACUAUUUUUAGGACAUAUUAUGCAAUGUCCAAAGAAUAGAUUGAAAUAUAGAAUUCUCUUUCUGAGCUAAAUUCAAUAAUUUAAGAAUAAUAUCAAAAAUUUCAUCAAUUUCCAAAUGAAAUCACUGAGAUGAACAAAUUAGAAUAUCAUGACAACCUGGAAAUUAGGGAAAGAUUAGAAGGUGCUUUAAGGAUUAAUUAGAGUCAUAAAGAUAUUUUAAAGGAGAUCUUGAUAAAAAUAGGAGAGGAAAAUAAGAGUUACACAUUUGAUAUCUAGUUAUAAUUUAGACAGUAGCAGUUAGAAAUGUUAAAUCUUUUACAAUGCAAUUAAGAAUAAAUUAAGGAGAUAGAAAGAAUUGAGGAUGAAUUGAAUGAUAAGAAAUUAGAAUUAUAAAAAUAUGCAAUAUUAUUUAGUUAAUUUGAGAAUCCUUUCAAAUCAAAUAAAGUAAGCUCUGAAGAAAGUAGUGCUAGCAAUUUCUAAUCAAUUUAGAAGGACAUUAUUUAGCCACCAUCAUCAAUUCAAUAAAGUCGAAAUGUAUUUUAAGACAUUAAGAACAUUUAAUCGAAAAGGUUUUCUUAACCAUCUAUAAAUGAAAAUAACAAUAUGUGCACUUUUUAAUCAGAACAAUUCUAUUCAAUUGAUUAAUCUCAUGGGAAUUUGAAUCAAGAGUCAUCUUAAAAGUCAUCAUAAAACAAUAGCAAAUAAAUUGAGAAUUCAGUUGUGAUUAAUUAGAGAUAUGGAAAUAGCAUAUCCAAUAAAUUUAACAAUUCCAAAGCUACUAGUUUAAUUUCAUAAAUUAAUUCUUAAUAAAAUAAUAUUCCUAUUUAAAUAGUUGCUAAUUCUACUAAAAAAAUUAGAAAUUCCAUUGACACAAAUCCCAUGAUGUCUUAGGAAAGUUUUGAUAAUGAAAAUGAGAAUGAAAACGAUGAAAAUUCCCCAAAAAUCACUCCUACUAGCAAAACAUUUACUUUCAUUAAAGUUCCCCACCCUAAGCCAUAUAGGGCUAGAUAGUUAGGAGCUGUGAUUGAAAAUUUUAUUCUUUUAAUUAUAUUUAUGGAAAAUUCGUAUGAUAGAUCUCACUAAUAAAUUUCUUUAAUAUUAAAAUUUCAAUUAUCUAUAUAAUUAAUCAAAAAUUUAUUUUUCUAUUAUGUUUAAUUGGAAGGAUAAGUACUUAACUAAAGAUAAAACAUUUUUCAUAAAUUACGCCAACAUGAGGUGUUUAUUAAAAAGUUUAAUCAGAAAGACAAUCCAUCUGAUUCGAAAGUGUUAUCAGAAUAGAAGCAUCUUUAUGAUUCUGAUCAAGAUGAUAUAGUGGUUAUGAAGCAUCUUUAUGAAAAUAAUCAUGAUAAUAUUUUUUAUAUGUUAAUGGAAAUGUACAACAGUUAAGGAAGAUAAAUUUACUUAUAUAGUAAUGGAAAAGCUACAGACAAUCAAUUUAAAAUGAAUAAACUGAAAUAGAUAAUAAACAUGUUUUUGAUAUCUGAAUAAAUAAUGUAUUUUCUGAAAUAGAUAAUCAAAGGGUAUAGACAUCUAAUGAAUUUUGGAAUUUUUCAUAGAUAUUUAGAUCCGAAAAAUAUAUAUUAUGUUGGAAAUAAUAAGGAUAUUAUAUAUAAAAUUGGGGGAUUUGGUCAUUCUAAAUUUUUGGAUGAUCAGGAUUCGUUAGGGGAAGAGUGUACUAAGCAAUAAAAUUGGGGUUAUUAUUAGGCUCCCGAAUAAUAAGAGAUUAAGUAUAGUUAUAAAUCGGACCUAUUCUCAUUAGGAUUAAUUUUACAUGAGAUGGCAACAAAAUAAUAACUUAAAUCUAAAAAAGAACUAGAAACAAAGAAAUUAGAUUUAUGCGAUUUGAAUAUAGAUGAUUUUUUAAAAAACUUGUUACUUCAAAUGAUUGUUUUUAAACCUUAAUAAAGGCUUUCAUGGUCACAGUUAAUUAUAAGGAUGUUUUAUAAAAGCAUAAAGUUGGAGCACUAAAAUGAAAUAACAAUAUCACUGGAAAGAAAAUAAAAUUGUUUCAUUAAGAUAAUUAAAAAGCCAAUAAAAAAUUAUGAGAUUUGCCUAGAAGAAAGGGCCAAAUCAGAAAUGGAGAUUAAUAGAGUAUUACAAAGAAAUGAAAAUAAAAAUAUAGUCAAAAUAUAUGACCUGUUGCAUGAACCUGACAGUUCUGAGAUCUACAUAAUCAUGGAAAAAUGCGAAGGAAGUCUGGCAGACCUUUUAGAAAAAAAAAAAUUUAAUAUUAAAGAGAUAUUAGACUUGGUUUCAUAAAUAAAUGAUGGAUACGAAUUUCUACAACAAGAGAAAAUUAUGCAUAGAGAUAUUAAGCCAGAAAAUAUUCUAUAUAAGACUGUUGAAAAAUAAAUCGAAUAUAAAAUUGCUGAUUUUGGAAUUAGUUGUAAGGCUGAAUAAGCCUACUCGAAAUGUGGCACAACUCCUUAUAAAGCUCCAGAAGUAAAAGGAGACUUUUAAUAUUAUAAUAAAUGCGAUAUUUAUUCGCUUGGCAUUCUAAUUUGUUAUGUUGCCCAAAAAAAAUAUCCAUUUGACCCGAAUAAACUUUCUAGUUUUUUUGUUCUAUUAAGAGACAAAAAAACAAUAGAACAUUGUUAUCCAAGUGAUACAAAUGAUAGUUUAUGA